UUUUUUUUGGUUCCGUUCGACUUUCACUUCUUCAAAUCUCAAUGCUCGUUCUGUACGAAACUGCCGCGGGCUUCGCGCUCUUCAAGCUUGUUGACGAUGGCAAGAUGGAAAAGCCUGAAAAUAUCUGGAAGGACUUCCAGACUGCUGAGCAAGCCAACAAGACUGUCAAGCUCAAGGCUUUCCAAAAGUUUGAAAACACCACCGAUGCCUUGUCUGCCGUCACUGGUAUCGUUGAAGGAAAGCUUCCUAAGAACUUGAAAAAGUUUUUGGAAACUGAGAUCUCCGACAAAGAAAUGAAGAAGGAGAGCCUCAUUAUCUGCGAUCCCAAGCUCGGUAGCGCUGUCAACAAGAAACUUGGUAUCAACGUUGUUUCUGACUCCACCGUCAUGGACUUGUACCGUGGUAUUCGCGAACAGCUCGAGUCUUUGAUCACUGGUCUUUCCCACUCUGACAUUAAUGCCAUGUCUCUUGGUCUUUCUCACUCUCUCUCUCGCUAUAAGCUCAAGUUCAGCCCUGAUAAGGUUGACACUAUGAUUGUUCAAGCUAUUGCCCUUCUUGAUGAUCUUGACAAGGAAUUGAACAUCUACGCUAUGCGUGUCAAGGAAUGGUAUGGUUGGCAUUUCCCCGAAAUGGGCAGAAUCAUUGUCGACAACUUGGCCUAUGCCAAGGUUGUAAAGCUUAUGGGAUUCAGAACCAAUGCCCAAGACAUGGAUUUGUCUGCUGUUCUUCCCGAAGAACUUGAGAAGGAGCUCAAGGAUGCCGCUGAAAUUUCUAUGGGUACUGAGAUUUCGCAAGAGGAUAUUGAAAACAUCCACGAGUUGUGUGACCAAGUUAUCUCCAUCACUGAAUACCGAACACAACUCUAUGAAUACCUCAAGAACCCUAUCGCACCCAACUUGACCAUGCUUGUUGGUGAACUUGUUGGUGCUCGUUUGAUUGCCCACGCCGGUUCCCUCAUGAACCUUGCCAAGCAGCCUGCUUCCACUAUUCAAAUUCUUGGUGCUGAAAAGGCUCUCUUCCGCGCUCUCAAGACCAAGCACGACACACCCAAGUAUGGUUUGAUCUAUCACGCAUCAUUGAUCGGUCAAGCUGGUCCUAAGCUUAAGGGAAAGAUCGCUCGUAUGGUUGCUACCAAGGCUUCCAUUUCUGUCCGUGUUGACGCUUUGGGCGACACUGAUACUCCAGAUAUCGGUCUUGCUGGCCGAACCAAGGUUGAGAGCAGACUUCGCCAACUUGAAGGACGAGCAGGCGCUCAGAUCAACAAGGACAAGAGCGGAGGCAAGAAGCAAGAAGCCUUCCAGUUCAACAAGAGCACAGCAUACAGCAGCAAGUCAGAUACUGUCAUGACUGAGGCAUCCCCCGAGAAGAAGGAGAAGAAGGAAAAGAAGGACAAGAAGCGUAAGGAUGAUGAAGAGAAGAAGGAAAAGAAGAAGAAAGAAGUCCAAGUCUGACUAAACACUCAUUCAAUCCAAACCAUUUUCACAUUUUGCCACUGUCUAGAUCCAUUUCCUUGCUCUCAAUUGUAGUUAUUUCUUUUUGUUUUUCUCCAUAUUAAAAAAUACAACAGAAUGCAACCUUUUUUACAUA